AUGUCGUGCUGCCCCUGGUUGGAUAUUGUUUUUUGCUCCUUUGCCCUGCUGCUGAGCAUUUGCGCGUUCUGCUUGCGCCCAGAUGACCGUCGUUUGGAGGUUUGCUGCCCAGGCUUCCGGGAAAAUCUCUCAGGCUCCAUGCACCGGCUGUUGAUAUUUUUGGACUGGAAUGAGUGGAUUUUGAUUCCUGUCAACACCAUUGCUGCGUUUGCGAUUUUCUUCUCAAACUUUGAGUGUGAGAGUGGAAAUAGCAGAUGUGCCAGUUCCAUGUUGCACGCCUUCACAUCUUCCCGCAUGCUUUGUGUCCUGCAAACGAUUGCUUUGACAAGCUUUGUGCUACAGCUGUUUGCCUCAGAAUUCCUGGUGGCGUGGACAGGGGUGUUCUACUUGCUGAAUCAUAUGUGUGUUUACCACAAGGAGUUUUUGCCACAGGCACAGCAGCUGAUCAUGGGCGUAUCGCAGCAGCACAGCUCCUCCUCUUCAAGUUGGACCUCGAUGUUCAACCCGAUCAGCAUGCGACAGUUCGAAGGGAACUUGAAUCUGCAAGAGUAUUGCUUGAUGUUGAGCACAUACGAUGAGCGAGUGGACGUGGCACUGCAGCGAGUCUGGCUGGCAUCGCUAUUAACGACCUUGAGCCAAGUGAUGAUGGCUGUGGCUUUGUCGGGCGAGAGGCAGCGAGCAGGGGUUCACGAAGAUCAUGCUCAGCACUACAGCAGUGUGGUAUCCGAUGGCGUGCAGGGCUUGCGGCAGAACGUGCAAAGCUUCGCAUCUCACCUGCAGCCGGCUGUGGCCAAUGUGGGCACCAUGGGGUCGCAGAUGUUGAGUGGAUUCAAAGGCCGCCAGGGUCACUAG